AUGGCGUUAUAUUACAAUUUAGUUUUCGGUUUAUUAAUCGUUGAAAUGACAUUUUUCACCUUCUUAUCGUUACCAUUUCCAAGAAGGGUGAGAAGAUCAGUUCUUUCAACUGUUUCGGCACCAUUCCGAAAUGAACAAUUCCAGAUUGCGAUAAAGUGUGUGUUGGGGUUCGUGUUGGUUUUAUUUAUAGACUCUGUAAACAGAGUCUAUUCAGUUACCACCGAAUUGCAUGCAUCCUCUCCAAGCAAUCAAGCAGGCCCAAGUAGUGGUAUUUUGAAUGACAGAUCAGAAGUUCAAGCUAGAAGGUUCUAUGCACAAAGAAACAUGUAUCUUUGCGGAUUCACGUUAUUCUUAACUUUAAUCUUAACCAGAACUUAUUCCUUAGUGUCUGAAUUGGUUCUCACCAAGGACAAAUUGGAUAGCAUCAAGGCCAAUGGUGAAUUGACAGAAGGCUCAGACUCUGAAGAAGUUGCUCAAUUAAAGAAGGAAUUGGCUAACAAGGAAGAAGCUUUAGAAACUUUGAAAGAACAAGCUCAAGGUUUAUCCAAGGACUACGAAAGUGUUUCUGGCGAAGCUAAAUCUAGGAAGGCUUAA